AUGGAUCGAAAAAGAAGUCAAGCGAUUUCCGAGGGAUCGAAUGUUGCUUCAGGAUUCAGGACAUCAAAUCAGGUGUCAGAAACAGCCAAUCCGUUGAGCAACAGCUUUGGAUUUGGUGAUCAAGCUAAUUCUGCAGAUUCGGAAUGGACCGAGUUUGCUUGCGAAAAGAACGGGAUCUUGGCGAAUCCGUUUCGAUCGAAGCCAUCUUCUCCAUUGACGAAAGAAAUAGGAGAUUCCAAUGCUCGACAUGGACCAAAACAAAUGAGCCCAGCUGGAGUGGUGGAAGAUGUACCAAUGGAUGGUUCUUCCCAAGAAAGGGCAGUUAAUUUUGUCCCACAAAUUGUUUCGCGAAUAAUGUCAGAGGAUACCCAAGACACCAAUGAUACGGCUCCAAUGUCAAAUCGUGAUCCUAAUCGACCACCUAUGCAUCCAGCAUCACCAAACGCCUCCAAUCUGAAUCUGGAUGCAUUCUGCUCGAAAUACUACAACACUCCUGCCGGACAAAAGAUGCACUCUACCGGUUCUUUAGGAGAUUUCAUUUCGCCGGUAGAAUCACCAAUCGAUGACGACGAGGAGGAGGAAGAAGGCGAGGGUGCAAGAUCGGCGCAAAUACCGUCCAAUGAGGAUGCCAGGAAGAUGCUAGAGAUUCCAAGAAUGAAAGUUAAAUUGGUCCGCACUGCAUCAGAAGCUUCCUCUCUAUUGGGAGAGACGCUUGUGGAAGAAAAGAAAACCCGAGAUGAUACCAAUGAAAGCGUGCUUAACGGUGGUAGUACUGCAGUCAGUACGUCUAUCCAGACACCAGAAAGAGGGAGAACAAGAACUUUGGUUCGGCCGUCACAAAAUCAAGCUCACCGGGAUGAUGGUAUUGUCUCAGAGACAGCUACGAUGGAAUCGGCUUCAACAUUUACAGCUUUGGACGAGGAUAAGACAAGACCACUGACUCCUCACGCAUUCUUCUGGAGAACUUUUCCCAAUGUUACAGUAACAUCCGAUGAUAUUCAGAAUCAGAAUGGCAGUCAACAAAAUAGAAUACAGUCCAGGUUCCAGGAUAAUAGGGCUGCAGAAAUGGCAGUUUUAGAGGCAGUUCGAAUAGCUGUGCAAGAACACAUCCGCCAGCAUACCGUACACAUUGAACACGAGGAAUUGCCUCCUGGAUCGGAUUGUACGCCAUUCGUCGAUCAAGAAGUUAUCAAGAGGCUUUGGAUGGAAAGCCGUCCUUCAACGAUGCGUAUGUCGGGUGUGUUCACCCGCAAUGAAUACCAUCCACCAGAAAACUUGAACUUUGCCAUGGGAUAG